CGGAGCUCCGGCCCGGCCCGGCCGGGCGGGGGAAGUUGGGCCGCGGCCGCAGACAUUGGCGGGGCUUUUGCUUCGCCCUUUUUUUCCUGCAACUCUUGAUGGAAGAACACGGAGUGACGCAGGCAGAGCACAUGGCUACCAUCGAGGCCCACGCCGUGGCCCAGCAGGUGCAGCAGGUGCACGUGGCCACCUACACGGAGCACAGCAUGCUGAGCGCCGACGAGGACUCGCCCUCCUCGCCCGAGGACACCUCCUACGACGACUCCGACAUCCUCAACUCCACGGCUGCCGACGAGGUCACCGCUCACCUGGCGGCUGCAGGCCCUGUGGGGAUGGCGGCCGCCGCCGCCGUGGCGACGGGCAAGAAGCGGAAGCGACCUCACGUUUUUGAGUCCAACCCCUCCAUCCGGAAGAGGCAGCAGACGCGUUUGCUCAGGAAGCUCCGGGCCACGCUGGAUGAGUACACCACCAGAGUGGGGCAGCAGGCCAUCGUCCUGUGCAUCUCACCCUCCAAACCCAACCCCGUCUUCAAAGUGUUCGGUGCCGCACCCUUGGAGAACGUGGUCCGAAAGUACAAGAGCACCAUCCUGGAGGACCUGGAGUCGGCGCUGGCCGAGCACGCUCCGGCCCCUCAGGAGGUCAACUCGGAGCUGCCUCCCCUCACCAUCGACGGCAUCCCGGUCUCCGUGGACAAGAUGACCCAGGCACAGCUGAGAGCCUUCAUCCCCGAGAUGCUCAAGUAUUCCACGGGUCGUGGGAAGCCGGGCUGGGGCAAGGAGAGCUGCAAGCCCAUCUGGUGGCCCGAGGACAUCCCGUGGGCCAACGUCCGCAGCGACGUCCGCACCGAGGAGCAGAAGCAGCGGGUGUCCUGGACCCAGGCCCUGCGGACCAUCGUCAAGAACUGCUACAAGCAGCACGGGCGCGAGGACCUGCUCUACGCCUUCGAGGACCAGCAGACGCCGCAGACCACGACCACGCACAGCAUCGCCCACCUGGUGCCCUCCCAGACCGUGGUACAAACCUUCAGCAACCCCGACGGCACCGUGUCCCUCAUCCAGGUUGGCACCGGUGCCACGGUGGCCACGCUGGCCGACGCCUCCGAGCUGCCCACCACGGUCACCGUCGCGCAGGUCAACUACUCCGCGGUGGCUGACGGAGAGGUGGAGCAGAACUGGGCCACGCUACAGGGCGGGGAGAUGACCAUCCAGACGACGCAGGCCUCGGAGGCCACGCAGGCGGUGGCCUCCUUGGCGGAGGCGGCGGUGGCGGCGUCGCAGGAGAUGCAGCAGGGAGCCACCGUCACCAUGGCGCUCAACAGUGAAGCCGCUGCCCACGCCGUAGCCACGCUGGCCGAGGCCACCCUUCAAGGAGGGGGACAGAUUGUCCUGUCUGGGGAAACUGCAGCAGCAGUCGGGGCACUCACUGGAGUCCAGGAUGCCAAUGGCGUCCUAGCAGCAGACUAUUGCAAGUGGAGCUUGGCAGAGGGUUCCUCAGGCCUCGUGCAGAUCCCGGUGAGCAUGUACCAGACGGUGGUGACCAGCCUGGCCCAAGGCAACGGCCCCGUGCAGGUGGCGAUGGCGCCGGUGACCACCAGGAUAGCGGACACGGCCGUCACCAUGGACGGGCAGGCGGUGGAGGUGGUCACCCUGGAUCAGUGACGGCGUCCCGGCGCUCCUCCUCCUCCUCCUCCUCGUCGUUAUUUUCUUUUUUAAUUAUUGUUCGUUUUGGUUGGUUUUUUUUUUUGGUUUUUUUUUUAAAUGCCUCUCCAGAGAUGCAAUCAGGUGGCACUCGAGUCUUCUCCCGGGCUUUGGAAACGGAAAAGGUUUUGUCAAUUUUUUUUUUUUUUUUCUUUCUUUUUUUUUGGUGAAACGAGGGAAAUGGAAAGCACAACGCGAAACGGAAGAAAUCCUGGCGGAGGAUGCGUGUGAAGUGCAUUUUUCCAGCGCCGCUCUGCUCUCGGAGGAGCCAGAAGCCAAAUUGUGACGGGACUUUUGAUUCCGAGGAGGUUGAAAAGAAAAUAAUUAUAUUAAAAAAAAAAAAAAAAAAAAAAAAUAAAGCCACCCUUUGUGCCCCGUUUUCCCCCCCUUGUGGGAUGGAGCAGGAAGAGGAUGGGGUGUGGCAGCACGGACACCCUCGGCCAGCACCGACCUCGACAGCAAAUUAGGUAUCGAAAGAUUUUAAAAUGGACUUUUAUAUUCCAAAAAAACAGAAAAACCCGCCCCGGAAGAAAACA